UAUUUGUGAGUGGUAAACCAAGUGACGUCAUUUUUAACACCAUCUCUCAGGAGUGAAUAAUCCCUUGUAAAAGACAUCUUUAUUCGCGAACCAGUGAAGUCUGGCGUUUGAUUCCAUGGAAGAUAAGUGCACGAAGUGACUCCAAUCGAAUUUGUCAGGACGACUUGUCCUUGUGAUCUCAGACACUGUUUUUGACUUCAAGUAAACAUCACACAAGGACACACCAAAAUGUGUUGCGAACACGUUGCAAUCAACCCCUCUUGAGCGGCUCCCUGGGAAAUGAGACUGUUUCAGUGAGAAAACACCCAGAUGGAAAGAGGACUAGAACUCGUCCCUUCCGCGAGAAAAAUGGAGUGAGACAGAUACGAAGCGAGAGAUCAGGUCGAGAUACAUUUCCGAGUUUGUCAUGGGGGAAGAGUCUCUCCACUGGCACCUGAGAUGGAUGCUGCUUCUGUUGGCCUUCGCACUUACAGCCAGACGCGGAGAGUGUCGUGCCGGGGUACAAGAAGGUCCCCAAUUCGUCGUGGAGCCACCAAAUAGCCUCACUUUCCUAAAUACCACGGGGGCGGCUCUCCACUGUACGGCUCACGGGAAUCCUGCUCCUACGGUGUCCUGGGUGGUUGGUGAAGCCGGUCUGCAGACAGCAAGCACCAUUCCCGGCGUACGAGAAAUCCUUGCAAAUGGGUCGUUGGUCUUCCUACCCUUCAGCCCGAGGUCCUACAGGCAGGAUGUCCACGCUGCAGCUUACCGGUGCCUGGCGUCAUCCUUCGUGGGCAAGAUCGUCUCCCGAACAGUCACCGUCAGGGCAGUUGUACGUCAAGACUACGAGGUGCAGGUGUACGAUGAGUACGUCAUCAGCGGCAACACGGCUGUCCUCAGUUGUCGGAUACCGCCAUAUGUACGAGAGUACGUGAAGGUCGUGGCAUGGGUACAAGACGACGCGUAUGUGAUACAACCUGGACUGGAAAGCGGUGGAAAGUACAUGAUUCUGCACGAUGGUUCCUUGCACAUUUACCGAGCGGAUCCGAGCGAUGGUUACCCUAGUUACCGUUGUCGGACGAACCACACACUGACAGGGGAGAUUCGGGAUUCGUCGGCCGGGAGAGUUAUCAUUACUGAGCCUCAUGGAAACGAAAAGCCCAGGCUAAGCGUGGAUAAGCGAUCGACUGUGACUGUGCGUUCUGGUGAAUGGGCAGUGCUGCCGUGCGCUGCGCAAGGCCAUCCAACGCCUACGUACAGGUGGGUGAGGGUGGGCGAAGGAGCCAUGUCCGGAGUCGUCGGUGGGUCGUCUCGCCAUAGCCAGGUGGGCGGACUCUUGAUCAUAUCAGGAGUGGGCGUGGGUGACCAGGGACAGUACAUGUGCUUCGUCAACAACAGCGUCGGGGGCGAGACAGUCGAGGUGACUUUGAGGGUGACUGAGCCCCUGAGCGUGCAUGUAUCUCCUCGUCGCCUUGUUGUGGAUAUGGGGAAGACAGCUGAGUUCCGAUGCGUGGUGCAAGGACAUCCUAUCACGUCCAUCACUUGGCUGAGGAACGGGAAGUCUUUGCCGCCUGAUGGAAGAUUCGCCACAUCGCCCAGGGAAGUCCUGACGAUUUCCAAAGUCAGUAAAGACGACCGAGCCAUGUAUCAGUGCGUGGUGACGGCGAGACACCACAAUGUCCAAGCAGCAGCCCAUCUAGCCCUCGGAGACUCGUCCCCGGAACUGCAUUACCGAUUCCAGGAACAGACUCUGCAGCCUGGGCCGUCGGUGAGCCUAAAAUGCGUAGCCACGGGCAAUCCACCGCCACAGUUCGUCUGGACUCUGGAUGGUUUCCAGCUUCCAGAAAGCGAAAGGUUCUUGGUAGGACAGUACGUCACCGUACAUGAUGACGUCAUCUCCCAUGUGAAUAUCACGAACGUCAUCGUCGAAGACGGAGGGCAGUACACCUGUGAGGCGUCGAACAACGUCGGUUCCGUCAGUCACUCCGCCAAGGUCAACGUCUACGGACUGCCUUUUAUCCGGACCAUGAAGAGAGUGACUGCGGUGGCGGGAUCCGUACUCAGGAUCAAGUGUCCGGUUGCAGGCUAUCCCAUUGAGAAGAUCACCUGGGAGAAAGAUGGCCGAGUUCUUCCGACGGACAUCCGCCAGAGGGUUUUCGACAACGGAACCUUGGUCGUGACGCAGACGCAGAGGGAAACUGACGGAGGGCGCUACACUUGUAGGGCGUCCAACAGGCACGGCCAUUCUGCUUACAGGGACGUCACCGUGACAGUCAUUGUUCCCCCGAAGAUUAUGCCAUUUUCUUUCUCCAACAACAUCUUGAGUGAAGGAAAUCGAGCAUCGCUGACCUGCCAGAUCUUGGAGGGAGACUUGCCUGUUACGUUCAGCUGGGAGAAAGAUGGUGGACCUGUUCCUGUUUAUGACGGAGUAACGACGAGGCUAUUAGAUGAUUACCAAAUGCAGCUGGUCAUCGACCGUAUAUCCUCGAGGCAUAAUGGCGAAUAUACCUGUCUGGCCUCGAAUCAAGCAGCAACAAGAAGCUACACAGCAAAACUAACCGUCAAUGUUCCGCCUCAUUGGGUGACUGAACCUCAGGACAGUGGGGCUGCCCAGGGAAGCACUGUCACUCUGAACUGUCAAGCGGAUGGAUAUCCUACUCCAACCAUCACUUGGAAGAAAGCUGUGACUGGAAAAUACGACUCAGUGAGACCGCGUACCAGCAAUCCGGGUGACAUAGUUGGCGCCAGGAAUGGCCAGGGAGAUUACCAGGAAAUAGUGUACGGUCCUCGCGUGGAAGUCUUCAACAACGGGUCGCUUGUAUUUCGCAAUGUGCAUAAGUCCAUGGAAGGGAAAUACCUGUGCCAGGCUCGAAAUGGUAUUGGGGCUGGUCUUAGUAAGGUCGUGUACCUUACAGUGAAUGCACCCGCUCACUUUCCUGAGAAGAUGGGGAGAGAAGUUGUCCGAUUUGGCCAGACUGCUGUGCUGAGUUGUCCAGCGCGUGGGGAUCGGCCUAUUGAUAUUUUGUGGUCCGUUGAUGGUCGGCGUUUAGAUCCUCAUGCUGAUCCACGGGUUGAAGUUCGAGAAGAAGCAAGCGAGGGCGGUCUGGUCUCGAAGCUCGUCUUGACAUCAGCUGCGCGGACACACUCGGCAACAUACACCUGCCAUGCUGCCAAUGCCUUUGGGCGGGACACCCGUAAUAUUGAGCUCAUUGUGCAAGAGGAACCAGAACAACCUAAGAACUUGAGAGUUGUGGAGACUCACAGUCGGAAAGUGAAGUUGUCAUGGACUGCUCCAUACAAUGGGAAUUCUCCCAUCCAGAAUUACCUCAUUCACUAUAAGCUAGCUUCUGAGCCCUGGCCAACUGUGCCCGAACAACUAAGUAUCCCGGGAGAGCAGACGGAGGGCAUUAUUCGCGACCUGACCCCAGCUACGGCAUAUCACUUACGAGUUACGGGACAGAAUUCACUGGGACUUGGCGCACCCUCAGAGGUCAUUCAGGCGGCAACAGACGAGGAAGAACCGUCUGGUCCUCCUUUGGAUGUGCGUGUAACACCAGAAUCGUCCACCUCCCUCCGGGUAACUUGGGAACCCCCGGCUAGAGAUCUUUGGAAUGGCAAUAUCUUGGGAUAUUACGUAGGGUACAGAACACAUGCCCUCACAUCUGACUACAACUUUCAGACUGUUGAAGUAGGGUCGGCGUACGGUGGCAGCUCAACUUUGUCUGGGCUUCAGCCGUAUACGAGGUAUGAAGUUGUAGUUCAGGCCUUUAAUAAUAGAGGUGCUGGUCCCCAGUCCACUGCAGUUAUUUCAACUACAGAAGAAGAUGCUCCAAGUAUGCCCCCUGAAACAAUUCGGUGCGAAGCAACGUCUCCUACGAGUGUAUCGGUUGCGUGGCGGCCUCCUCCAGUCAGAGGGCAGAACGGUUUAAUUCAAGGGUACCGGGUGCUCUUUAGACCUGCUUCAGAAUACUCAGAUGAGGAGUCCCAAGUUGAAACAGCUGCUGAGAGCACUAAUAUCUUUUCGCUGGAAAAGUACACCAAUUAUAGUUUGAGUGUGCUGGCUUACACGCGCGCUGGUGAUGGUGUUCCAUCAUCACCAGUUUAUUGCAGAACGCUGCAGGAUGUGCCUGAUGCUCCAGCUACAAUCAAGGGCGUAGUUAGUUCCUCCUCAACCAUCCUAGUUAGCUGGCUACCUCCCACAAAAGUUAACGGAAUUCUAACAAAAUACACUCUUCACAUGGCCAUUACUAAUCAUGAAAAGAGGGAACUCCCGUCUCGAAUAUUGGGUCCAUCAGAGACGAGUUACGUGGCUGAAGGAGUAAGCACUAGAGAUGUUUAUGAGUUCUGGGUCACAGCCUCCACCCAACGAGGCGAAGGUUCGCCCUCAGAGAAGAUCACUGUCAAACCUAAGACAACAGUUCCUGCUCAAAUCGCAUCAUUUGGAGGGCCUCUAGAAGUUGCCUGGAAAGAAGACGUAAGACUUCAGUGUCACUCUGUUGGAGAACCCCCGCCAGAAAUAACAUGGAAACUCAACAACAAAAUUGUCACCCCUACAGACAGAAUUCAAGUGCGACCGAAUGGCUCUCUCCUCAUUAGAGACGUGCAGAAAGCUGAUGCAGGAAACCUGAGUUGCACCGCGAGCAAUGUUCACGGAAGUGAUAGCAUCACGUAUUUGCUCACUGUUCAAGUACCACCAGCCCCACCAAUCUUGUAUGUCCAGGGAAGCUCAAGAGAUGCCCUCACGCUGAGGUGGAAUCUGCGUCCUCAUCAUACGCCAGUGAGAGGGUAUAUCAUGAAUUACAAGCGAGAAUAUGGUGACUGGGAAGAGGUUGAGCUUCAUACUGCGCGAACCAGCCAUACAUUAUCAGGCUUAGUGUGUGGUUCCAGGUAUCAGCUCUAUGUGACUGCUUACAACAAAGUGGGGACUGGCCUUCCAUCAGAAAUACUCACUACCUCCACUAAGGGUUCAGAGCCUGUUGUGCCCAGUCGGUCACGUCUUCUGGAUGUAAAUUCAACGUCAGUGCUAGUACAUCUGAGUACCUGGGGAGAUGGAGGAUGUCCCAUACUUUACUAUGUCAUCGAGUAUAGAGCUGCCACUGCCAGGGACUGGAUAUCAGUUGCUAAUAAUGUAGCUGCUAAUGAAAAGACGUACGUGAUAAGGGACUUGAAUCCGGCUACUCGAUAUUCUGUCAAAGUAACGGCUCAUAAUUCAGCUGGGUCAAGCGUCGCCACUUACGAUGUCACUACAUUGACACCAGAAGGAGUGCUCCUGGAUGAGAAAACUGGACAUGACGUUGGAACAGCAUCACCACCGCUUUAUCAAGACCUCAGGGUUGUCAUACCUGCUGCAGUAGUGGUUGUUAUAGUCAUUGAGGUCAUCAUGGCUAUUGUCUGUGUCUUCAGGAGAAGAAAAAUGCGAGAGAGAGGAGGCUCCGGAGGAAUGGCGGAGUCGCCCUCAACGGCCCAGAUUCAAAAUCAGCAGAACCAGCACCAACAAUAUUCGGCUCUCCCAGCAAACACACCGUCCACGCAGGACACAGCCACUAACAAGGAUUCAUCAGAUUACAUCGAAGACAUAUGUCCAUAUGCGACUUUCCAGCUUCCAGCUGUGCCAAAAAGCCACUAUGGUGAGAGCACUGAUUCAGGAAUCGUUUACUCUGGUCCAUAUCAUUCAGUUCAGGGAGCCUUUGUAUACCAUGACCCAAAAAUGACAUCGCUUGAAACAUUCCCUCUAAGACACCAAAAAGAACCGGAAUACACAAAAGUAAGAAGAAAAGGUAGAAGAGAUCCUCAUGUAGAAAGUACAGAGUCGGAUAAUCUGGGCAGCACAGAUUCCGAGGUGAAGAAGAUCCUAUCGCUGCACAUGCCCAUCAGUGAGUAUGAUACCUUAGGUAGUGACUCCGAGGGCACAGGUACCAGGGACUCGCCACCCACAUUCGCUGAGUCUGCUGGGCUUGCUCACGCCCACAUUCAUGCUCAUCCCGCCCACAGUAGCAGAUCAAGACCUGAUUCUGCUGUUAGCCAAAUUCGUAGUAGUACAGAUAUAUUCAAGCACCGUGUUAGAAGUAGACAACAAGAAUCCACAAAAUCACAAGAAAAUAGUAGUUCAUCGACGGAUACUUCUAGUUCUGGACGUCGGGCACAUCCUCGUAGGGGUAAGAAGUCUACGAAGAGGCAAAGUCGUUCAACAUCUCGUGCCGGAUUUGAAGAGACCUCCUUCAGUCACGCACCUUCGGAUCGACUCCCACUCACCGAGCGCCACUCUUCCGUCGGCGCUCCUCCUCCCCCUCCCCCCCGAGGUUUCUCAGAUACAAGGGCCACCUUUGCCGAGGGUGACUGUGAUCGGGGAAGCAAACGCGGAACCGUUGGACUUUCAGCCAAGUCUCACCACAUCCAAAAAUACUACAAAGGAGCGAGACCGAGAGAAUCUGGCUACCAAAUCAAUGUUUGAUAUCACCUUCAGUCGCGAGCGUCAUUCCAUAACAGCUCUACGAAUAUCAAUAUCAAAUUCUCUUCUCAAAUUAUCCUUUUCUCAACCGCUUUGAAUGUGUUGUAAGUGUCCAGAGAGAAAUGAUGCAUUUUUGGUGUCCAGUGCAAUAUUUGCAAAGCAGGUAUAUCAUCAUCGUCGUCUAGAUAAGUGCUGCCUCUUUUAGGUUUGGAAGAGGAGAUGUCGCGGUCCUCUUCAGCAAAAUCAUUGAUGUUGUUAUGGCAAUAUUAUGGUAACGAAAAUCUUUUCUUCCUUUUUUUCUUGACUGAAGCGAUGGGAGAAAAAGAGGUGAGUGUUUUCUUCGUGAGAAGUGUCUUGUGUCAUCAUCAGUAGUCAGUAUUAAUCUGCAUCCAUUGCCAACCGCUCUCAGUCAUCUCAUCGCGAUGAUCUGUGAUGAUGGCGAUGAAUUCUAGAAAGAAUAGUUCAGUCGUGCUAUAAAUGUGGUCGUAACACAAGCGUAGUGAAUUCUAUACUAACUGACUGUCAGUCACGUGGAUAACCCCAUUGCAGCCCAUUCGGGGAUCCGUGUUGGGAAGGACAAUGUUGGCCCACCCAUGGGGCCAGGGACUCCUCUCGAAGUCAGGGCGGGAAUUCUCCUCGUCUCGCCACCUCUUCAUAAAAACUAGCGUUGCUCUUGUCCGAAUUAAUGUGUGGUUGAAUUGCCCCUAUGGGGCGAGCAGACUAUAGAAGACUUUCAAGUGGCUAAAAUGUGAUGUAAGAAUUACGAGUACAUUGACGCCUAGUCUUCGUGAGACAACAUCUAGCUACGAGUGUUUUCCUCCUCUCAUAUCGACGCCAUGCAGGCAGCCAACAUUUCUCCGUGUUAUUAUCGUGUAGUGUUAGAUGUUCAAUACAUUGCCAAAUAACGCCACAGAUUUCACCAUAGAAUCUGUACGACAAUAGUUACUGUACCAUAUACCACAUUUGCAAUAACUACAGUUAAUAUUAGACAUGUACAGUAGUUUGCCUUGUUUCUGAUUUGUGGUUUGUUACCAACAAAAACGAUGUUUUAAUAUAUUUUGCUGAACACAUUCAGCAGGAAUUGUUGCAGGUGGCCAACCGAUUUCAUAUUUGCGCCAUGCACUGAUUUUUCGCAACAGAUUUAUUCAGAAUGUCAUUGGAGCUUGCAAAUUUCCGCCUCCCACUGUUUAGUCUACAACGGAAACAUCUAAUUUUCGACCUAUCAUUAUAACCUUAUUAUAUUUCGAUGCAAGAGUCGGUUCUCUUACCAAAACUUGAAUGGAAAGCAGCACCACCACCAAGCAAACAGGCAAACUACUUAGUGUGCCAUAGUGACGUCACUGUCUGCGGAUGAUUUGUCUGUAGUUGGUCAAAGCCAGUUUAUACUUCAUGACUGAUUGUACCUUUCGAUGAACGCAUUGAAUGCAAUACGAAGUCUCUCCAAGACACAGUAAUAAAAGAUGUAGCUUUGUCACUCACUCGCUGGACGUCUGAUGGAAGGCGCGUAUUACCUGGCCUGGCCACAUUACACGCUCAUCAUCAGGAUGGUAGACUUGUCCGGUAGUAGUCAUGCUAGUCAUCAUGAACAGUCUGUAGCUAUUUGUUUCUCACCCUAACGAGGCCUCAGGUAGUAAACUAUGUAUAGUUGAUAUUAAGCCAUGUAAUGUAUUGUUCUUUUUUAUAUCCCUAGUCGUAAGGAUCAGUGUUUCUUAAAUGCGGGUGAUGUUGGACUUUCUUUUCCUAUGAUUUCUAUUCUGAUUCCUACUCACAUCAUUCCAGCACAGAAGUGAUUGAUCAGAAAUGAUUACAAAAAAGAAGCACAUUCUUUCAUAUUUUUUCUCAAGAUAGGGUAGUCAGAAUAUUGUAAAUUUGGAUACCUACUGAUAUAUCGUAUAUUGCUAUUUUUCCAUCAUUAUUCCUUAGCAGUAAGCUACAACGGAUACCACUAGUAUGCCUAUGUUUUAAAAGGCACAGAAGGAAUACAUGAUGCGUUAUGUAUAUUUGUUACCGUGAAGGAGCUUAUGCUUACACUACUUUUUAUGAGUUCUAGGAUUGAGCGAACAUGAGUGGAAUGAAGUGAUUCAACAGAUCAUGUUUAUCUUUGUAGCAGUAUUAUCAGAGUAUUUCCAAACUAUACAGUCCCUUCUUUCUCUUCGUUUUGUUUAGCUUUAUACCCCAAUCCCUCGAGGACACGAAGGACGCGUCUCUCGCGGAGUCUGUCUCCCCUACAGCCAAUCGGAUCUCCGAAUUUCAGGGUGAGUCUUUAAAAGAAGAAAAACCUAAUCCUGAUUGGCUACUGGUCUAAAGUCUACGAGACUCGAUCUUAAGUUUCUACUUGAAACAGCCCUUAUCAAUUCCUUGCCAUAUAAUUUACCUGCUGAAAGGGGAGACAUUUGUCCGCCUGGGCACGCUUCAUGCUUUAUAACACGCUGACAAGGGAUGGAGUGAAGCUAGAGUUCUGUUCUCAUUCUUUUGUUACUUAUAAUUAUCAUUACUUUUGAAAUGGUUCAUCUGUUCAUUUGUGAGUCCUGAAAGAGGGAUUGUGUUGCAUGUAAUCCAUAUCACGGGAGAUAUACAGUACUACUAAAUUUAGAAAAUUUUGAAGGAAAGAAAUGACGAGCCUCGAUGGUUUACUCCUCUCAGAUGGCUUAUUAACAAGCAGUUAUCGUCAUAUGACCCCAAUAGUUAUCCAUGAUGGCACCAUCAGAUGUAAUAAUCACAGAUACAAUAGAUUAAGAAAGGUGAAAGGGAGGAAAGACCUAUUAUUCCAGAAUAUCAGCUGGACUUCGAUUUUUUUCUUUCGAACCCUGACUCUAGUCGGUCUCCCCAUUGUCAUCGUAUCUUUGAGUCUCCUCUCUUCUCUUUCUUUCUUUCUUUCUUUCUUACCUAGCUGGUUUUCCUUGUAGAUAGAGCCUGUAGGGAUCCUUACUGUGAAUACAAAUGGUUAUGCAUGAUAGACAUGCAUUUUAUUUGCAGUGGAAUAUUUUUAGUAGCCUAUUUUUAAUUUAGUUAACGGAGCUUACAGACAUCACAUGUUCAUUUUUCUUUGAUAUUAUUGAUUGCUGAAGAUGGUGCAAUGUAUAAAAUUUUGCUCAUUGAAGCACGUUAAACCAAGGUAACUUGUUAAAUUGGUGCAUAAAUUAGACUAGGUGUACAUGUUAAAGUAACCAAUGAUGUGAUAAUAGAGUGUGUAUUGAAAUUAUUGAAAUUAUAGUGAAAUAUAUAUUCCAUAUCCAUAUAAUAUCUAACUCUCUGUUUGUUCAUCUGUCUAUCUGACUAUGAAACAGCUGUAAUAUACAAACACCUACACUUCAAAGGCACACAUGCACAAACACGUACAAAUAAUUAUGUAUACAUAUAUUUAUAUAUUUUACAUGUAUGUAUGUAUGUGUGUAUGUACGUAUGCAAAGAUAAAAGACAUAUAUUAUUCUGUAUAUAACGUGAAACUGUUAUUAAUGUAUGUAGUUACUGUUUACAUAAAGAUAUUCAGUAUUGUAUAGUUGUACUUUUUAUUUAGUGAUUUAAUGAAAAGGUAUAUUAUGAUUUUUAAUCGGAAU